AUGAUUUCUGAAACGGCCAUGUCGCUCAUGCGGCGCGAUAACAUGCCCAAGCCAAAUCUUGGCCAUGAGAUUAACCAGCUUCCCGACUGGUCUUUCUACGUCUUUUUGGCCAACUUCAUUCUCUUUAUCCCAGUCUUGCUUCUUUGCUCGUACACCUUUGAAAAAGUCUUCCCUGUUCUCGCCAUCGUCGAAGAUGAGAAGCCUCCCGCUUACGCACCUCUCGCCGUCGAGUCUAUCGCCAACGACGACAUCACCAAGCCUUCUGGUGUUCCCUCUGCUCCCGCUGCCGCCAGCCAUGGCAAGCCCAUUACCUCGUCUUUCCGUGCUACAUUCAGCCUCCUCCGAUCUACUGGUGGUUUCCGUGCUAUGUAUCGCGGGUACUUGAUGCACGCUCUCCAGGCCCUCGCUUUAGGACUCAUCAUGUCGGCGCUUUCCCACGUCACUCCUUAUUCUUUCGUUGUCGCCCACUUGAUCAGCUCUCUCAUCUGCGUCCAGCUCAGCACCGCCUGGGUCCACAUCGUUAUUACGCCCGAGUCCCAGGAUCCAUGGUACCGCCGAAUCCCUGCUUUCAAGACCACCUUCCUCGCCACCUGGAGGCCUAUCGUCAUCAUGUGGGCUGCUUCCCAAGUCGUCACCCUCAGCGGUAUUACCACAGUCUACGCCAUGGGCACCGACAGCCAAGGAAUGCCCGAGUUUGAUGGUAGCGAGAGCGGUGUUUGGGGCAUCAUGAUCCUGGCUCUGUUCCUCCAGGUCGCCAUCCAGAUUCCCGCAUAUGUCGUUCUCGUUCGUGUCCAGGCCUCUCUCCUUCCCGCCGAGGCCGACACCAUCAUUCCCUUCGACCGCUCUUUCAACGGCCGCAUCGAGCCCGUCGUUGUCGGUGGUCGAGGCUACGCCACCGUCCGUGACGCUUGGUCCAGCUUCUCCAAGUCUGCCUGGAAGCGUAUUGUCAUGCUCGAGAUCAAGAUCAUUGCUGUCACUGCCGCCUCCUUCUUUGCCCUGAUGGUUGUCGUAAUUCCCCAAAUCAUCCUUCUGGCCACCCUGAGUGCCUCAACCGGAGACAACCCUGGUAACGGAGACAUGAAGAUGUAA